GUGCCUGGUUGGAGUGGAGGCUCCGUCGAAGUAAGGGUUGGCCAGCUGUCCGGAUGAAGGCGCCGGAGAGGAGACCUUGAAGGCCGAUUGGAGAACAUCACUUCGGCCGGAGAAACGCCAUUGGCUGACGACGGGGGCGGUUCCUCAUGGAAUGGAGAACCCUGGCCAGCCUGACAUGGAAGUCCCCUUCGGUGAACUUCCUCAGCAGCUCUUUCACAGGUUGGAUGCUGGAUGCCAAGGUGGGGACAAUGACGUGCCGAACAUUGUUGUGCAGAAGAAACUGCUCAAACUCCUUUGAGACCAACUGCGCUCCAUUGUCAUUCACAAUGGUACAGGGAAUGCCGAAAUCUCAAAGACCCGCCAUCUUUUGAUAUGUUGUUCCCCAGGUCCAAUUACGCAUUUCUGGAUGGUUAAUUUAUAGUACUCUUUCUAGAAAAAAUUGAAAAUUUUGAUUAAGUUUUUUUUUCUGGCUAACUUUUUUUCUGGCCAACUUCAGGCAGGUGUAGGAGACACAAGAAAGGAGUCCCUACAGAGGAGGCAAGCGGCGAUGGUCCGUAGUCAAAAAGAUGGUUGUAAAACAUUCGUCCUAAAUAAGGACACACAGGACAGGCCUGAUCCGUUUAGAAGACCAACCAGCGCCGAUGCCAUCCUGUCCAUGCCUGGACCUUCCCGCCUCCCGCAAGACGUGACGUCAGCCCAACCUUUCCGGGCUGCACAACCUUGAACCCUGAAAUACCUGAAGUAUCGCCGGCAUCGCCGGCGUCUCCAGCUUUCAGUGUGGCAUCUUCUUGCCUUUCGUGUGCGUCGGUUGCCAGCAGUAGUGACCAAAGUCUGGUCGAGUUCUAGGUGACGGAUAACAUGAAGGCACACGUGGUAUUUGACCUCAACGAAAUAGUGCAGAAGAAGAAGGCCCAAAUAGCACAGAAGAAGGAGGCAGCCAAGCUCGACGACGUCGCCUUCGCCAUAAAGGAGAGAAGAAAGGCCGGGUUCCGAGUUAUGAAUUUAAGUGCAAAUGGAAAGGACCUCUCCCAUUGGUGUCCUACAUGUAAUACAAAGCAAUCCAAGCUUGUGGACCACAUUAAUAAGCCUCCGAAGACGGGCAAGUGUGGAGAGGCCCAUAAAAACAUGGACGUGGCGAAAGUGCUGCACUUCUUAAAGGCUCAGAACUCCCGUGGCAUGAGAGGGCCCUUCUACAUACCGUCUAUCGUUGACGAACUUCUGGCUGCCAACGGAGACAGGAAGAAGAUGGAAAGCAUUGUGGGCAAUGUCCUCUCUAACGUUGGGGUAGGCCACGCAAGAACCGAGAGCGAUGCCAUUCUAGUGUAUGACAUGGCCCAAUGCUUCCGAAUUGACUGGGUAAGUGUCUUGAAGGGGGCGGCUGUCAGCGGUAGUUUGUGAGUGCGUUUGUUAAAUGUAUUUCUUUGUUGCAGGAGAAACCAGAAGAUCGAUUGAACGACUUUCUCCAAGAAGACGACGUUGUUGACGAAGAGGAUGUUGAUUGAUGAUUUUGUAUAUUUGUUUUUGGAAUAUUGUAUUAUUGUAUUGGUAUUGUAAAUUGCCUUGUUCAGUAAUAAUGUAAAAAGAAAAGAAAAAAAAGGGAGAUAGCAAUAUGUGGUUGGCUAUCACCGGUGAGUGC